AUGAUCAGAGAAUUUGGCAUCAAAUCUAAAUUAUCAAACCUUAUUUGUGAAACGCUCUCAGACACCAAAUCAAAAGUAGAGUUUCAGGGUGGAAUAUCGAAGGCAUUCAACAUAAAAACAGGUGUAAGUCAAGGUGCAGGCCUGUCUCCACUCUUCUUUAACUGCGUACUAGAGAAAAUAGUAAGAGAAUGGAAACAAAAACUAAAAGAAGAGAAACUAUCACCAAUCAGACUAGGAACUAAAAACAAAGGUAAAUCUGAAGUAACAUCUGUGUUUCACCCAUAUAAUGCAAUGGGUGUAACAACAUCAAAUUAUUUGCUUGGAACUGAUGAUUCAAUUAAUACGUAUCAAACCACUGAAAUAUAUAAAUGUUUAUGUGGCAAAGAGUAUCAACGUAAGGCAUCACUCAAAAGACAUGUUACCUUUGAAUGCGGAAAGGAAAGAAGAUUUCAGUGUCCAUUUUGUCCUAAUCGCUCUAUUCAUAAAUGUCAUUUAUUGAAACACAUUCAGUGUAAGCAUAAAGAUAAACUAUUGUACUCAUCUCCUUACAUCGGAAAUUUGUAGUAAUCUCUCUGUACCACAGUGCAAGGAGACAAAAACUCUUUAUUGUUACUAUUAUAGAUGUUCC